CUCAUGGCAGGACUGAGCGAUCAGAAAUUAUCCCCUCCAACCCUGGAGCCAGGCAAAGAUCAGUGCACACAUCGCACAAGAGCAUACAAUUGCUCAGCUCCUCGAUCUAAACGCUCAAAAACAAGAUCCACCAAGAUAAACAUAAAAUCUUCCAAAACAUCUCUCGUGUCCACCAAUGGCGCAUUUGUUGAGUGAACUCAUCACGUAUCUCGAAUUUGACGAGAUCAACAUUGACAAUUGGUAUUUCAAGCUUUACUACAAAGGAUGUGUGGUGUGCUUCUUCGCCGGGUCGUUGGUGGGAGUGCUCAGUCAAUAUUUUGGCCAACCCAUUAGUUGCGACUUCCGAACCGUCCAUUCAGACAUGGCCACAGAUUAUUGUUGGAUCCACGGAAGCAGUUACAUCCCGCCCGAGUAUCAGCCCCACAUGAAAUGCAUCGUGGAUUUGCAAGGGGUCACUGGCGAAGAUGACGCUCCGGAUACCUCUUACUACCAAUGGGUGGUCUUCAUGCAGGCCUUUCAAGCAUGCAUGUUUAGAUUUCCGUACAAUCUGUGGAAAUUCUUCGAAGGGGGAUUGAUCCGUUCCUUUGGCACCGAUGGGCAAGCCGCCAUUAUGAUCAGGGCAUCGGACGCUUCCCGAAACGUGGAUGGAGUCGUGAUAGAGCGUGUGUCCGGUCGGUUUGUGAAUUACUUCAAAUCGAUUCUCCAUCAAAACCAGUGGUAUUUCGUCAAGUAUGUGUUCUGUGAAUGGCUCAACUUCGGUUUUGUAUUCAUCAACUUCUGGGUUAUUGACCUGUUUUUGGAUGGCAAGUUUAGGUAUUACGGCGUUGAAGCCGUUCAGUAUUCAUUACUCUCUCCUGCUGAGCAAAGAGUGUCGAGCAAUCCUUAUUGUGCUAUUUUUCCAACGGAGGUCAGUUGUACCAUUCCGAAUAUUGGGGCUGCUGGAGGCGAGCAGCAUCACAAUAGUUUUUGUGUGCUUGCGCAGAAUAUCAUCAAUGAGAAGAUCUACUUUGUCAUUUGGUUCUAUUUGGCCUUUCUUUUGGUUGUAUCUGUGGGCUUUACCGUCUACAGAAUUUGUUCCAUCUUCUUUGAACCGCUUCGGUUUUGGAUCUUGUUUGUGAAGAUCCGGAAUGAUUAUGACGAUGACAUAAGCGAAGCAUUGGAAAGUGUCUUGUCUAGGUGUUACAUUGGCGAUUGGUUUGUGCUCCACCAAUUGAAUAAGAACGUGAAUGUGUAUUUUUUUCGGUGGUUCAUUAAAGAACUACGUAACGAGCUCGGAAGAGAAGAUAAACAUUCGAGACACAAGCGCAUUUUUAGAACCAAAAAUGUUUCACCACAUCAUGAUCAGAAAAUAAGACAAGAUAAAGUCAUGUGAUAAUCAAGAGGUCUGUAAAUAAAUUUGAUAAUGUUUCUUUUAAAUGUA